UUAAGAAGAGAAGUUAGAAAGACAUUAGUCUCACAUGCAUGUCAGAUGUAACGUCUCCUUCAUCAUUACUGUUGAUGCACAUUAGAAGACUUUCUGACUGGCUGUGCAGCAGGACUGGAUGUGAUGAUGGAUCACUCUUUUCUCUGUGUGCUGGGGUUAUUCUGAAUUUGUCAGAAGUGUGAGGAUUAGUUGAGAGGAUGGGACUCAUUUUAUUCUGUGUGCUGGAUUUAUUCUGGCUGUAUACACUCCUCUGCACUGGACACACUCAAGGAGCUGUUCUGACCAUUGAUCCUAACUGGUCGACUUUUUAUACUGGAGAGUCUGUUACCUUCAUAUGUGACAUGAAGGAAGGAACAAACACUGACUGGGAAUACAAAAUCCUCAAGGAUGGUCAAGAAUUCUUUCACUACAACUCACAUUCACUCUACAGAUUAAGACCUUUACAUAUAAGUGAUGAAGGUGAAUACCAGUGCUGUGGUCGUCUAAAGACUUCACGUUAUUCAAAGUGCAGUAAUAAGAUCUUUUUAAAUGUUCAGGCAGAUAAACCCAGAGCAGAAGUGACAGCAGGAACAACAACCAUAUCAGUAGGAGGCAGCGUGACACUGAGCUGCUCUGUGGACAACUCUGCUGGAUGGAAAUACCAGUGGUUCAGACGAACCUCACACACUUCUGAAUAUCCCCUUAAAACAAAUGAUGAACAAAACAGAAUCAUCAGUGUGUCACAGGGAGGAAUCUACAGGUGUAGAGGAGAGAGAGGAGAUCCAGCCUUUUACUCUGAUAUGAGUAAUGAUGCCAGUAUUAAUAUAAUCUUUUCCAACCAGGUUGUUGUAACACGACAACCUGACUGGCCUCAGAUUUUCAGUGGAGAGAAAAUCACUCUGACAUGUGAGAUCCAGGGAGGAGAAACCACUGAGUGGAUGUGUGUAUGGAGACAUCUUGGGGCAGUUACACCGUGGAAAUCCAGUAAACAGUUUACUUUUACUGUUUCUGAGCGCAGCAGUGGAGACUACCAGUGUCAGUGUAAACGCAGAGAUGACUCAUAUUCUUCUACAAAGUGGAGUGAAGCCAUCAGACUGUCAGCAUCAGAAAAACCCCGGCCUGUCCUCUCUGUGUCUCCAUCAUGGCUGAGUCCUGGAUCCUCAGUAACUCUGAGAUGUGAGAUUAAACCUCCGUCUGCAGGAUGGAGGUUCUACUGGUAUAAAGCUGUUCCUGAUCUGUCACACCGGUAUGGCCCUUACAGCUAUGAUCUGCUGCCUGGUAGCUCCAACGGGACUGCUGGUAGUUCCACCAUUGUUCAUGAACAGACACACACAGCAGGAUAUGUAUGUAGAGCUGAAAAAGUGGACCGUGUUUAUUCCACUGAUCACAGUCAACGCACAUUUGUCUGGUCUGAAGAUAUUCAUCCAGCAGCAUCUCUUACAGUUAAUCCUGACAGAGUUCAACACUUCAGUUCUGACCCUGUUUCACUGAACUGUGAGGGAAACUCCUCUGAGUGGAGAGUGAUGAGUCUGGUUAACAAUGUCCUCUCACAGUGUUCUUUCUGGGGGACAAUGAACGGACAAACAUGUACUUUUAAAACAUGGUUCAGUGAUGCUGUGUAUUGGUGUGAGUCUGGAUCAGCACUGAGCAAUGCAGUCAACAUAACUGGACAGUUUGAUUCUGGUGGUGUUAUUCUGCUGAGUCCUGUCCAGCCUGUGACUGAGGGAGAGUCCGUUACUCUUGGCUGCACGUCGAGGAUAAAAAAUAUUCUUUCCAAUGUGCUUUUUUAUAAAAAUGGCCAACUCAUGCAAAACGAUACCAGAGGGGAGAUGAUCAUGACAGGUGUGUCAAAGUCUGAUGAAGGCCUCUACAAGUGUCUGCACUCAGGAAAUGAAUCUCCACAGAGUUGGAUGGCUGUAAAACCAGCUUCCAGGACUGAAAAGACUUCAUUUGUGACCAGUUUGGUCGUUGGGCUGCUUUGUGGAAUUUUACUGAUUUUUCUUCUGCUGCUGUUGUGUCUUUACAAACUGUCAAAGGGUUCAUUCUUCACCAGCACAAACCAGAGCUCUGCUACAGACAAGGAUGAAGCUCAACUCAACAAAAACACUUCUCUUCACGGUAACGCUAGUGUCUACGAGUCAGUAAACGGCCCAGAUGAUGCUGGAAAUGAUGCGGUAUAUGCGAUGGCAGAUGAAUUCAGCGACGUCACAUAUUCCGCAGUUGAGCUUAAAACCAUCACUAAGAAGAGAGAGAAUAAGAAAGCAGAGGAGAAAUCUGUUUACUCUGCUGUGAAGAUAGGAUCAUCUACGGACAAGAACCAUUACAACAAUGCAGCUUUCUUUGAAGGAAAAUCAGCUCCUGCAGCCAAUGAGGCGGUUUGUUCAGAAGUUACACCAGAAAACAAACUUGAUGAAGCAGGAAUGGAAUAACAUUCAUAUUUGUCACAUAAGCAAUCUACUUUGAAAGAUGUUAUUAGUUCGAAUUAUUAUUAUUAUUAUUAUUAUUAUUAUUAUUAUUCCAUCAGGCCAAAAACAGAUCUGUAUUGAUAAAGUUGCCAGAAUUGACUAAAUAAAACUAUGUCUAUUUUAAUAUAAGUCUGUGUACAAAAAACACACAACUACAUUAUAUUCUUGUAAUACUGUAAAUAUUAGUUUAUUGUAUGAGCUAAGAUUUAAUAUUAAGUGUUAUGAAAGUCAGCCGCUUUUUACACGAUCUACUGUCAAACACUUUUUGUUAUAUUAAAAAUUAGAGCAGUUUCCUGAGUUAAAGUUGACUGCUUACUGAAAUAUGUUUCUAUUUUUGUUUUGUUUGGCCUUUUAUUUAAACACAUGCAUAAAUAAAUAUUUUAUUUGGCCCCUGCAGUAAUCUCAUAGCUGUGUAUUUAAUGUAUGGCAUUGUAAAAUCCAUUAAGCUUUUUUGUUCCAAAGCUUUUCUUUAUGUUGUAUUAUCAAAUGGUUUGCUUGUUUUUCAAUAAAAUUUAACCGAUUAUAUUUUGCAGUGUACACACAUUAUUCCUGAUUGAUGUGGGGUUCUUUGUGUUUUAGGGUGAUAAAACACAUCUAAGUACAUCUGUAGAUAAACCUACAAUCUUAUAUGCUGUAUGUGUUUUAACUUAAUCAGAUAUUUUCUGUUGUAUGUUUUACACUUGAAGAUGGGGAGCAGAUUAAAACAACUCUAAUAACAUGUUAAAAUAUUGGACAUCCUCAUUUUUACUAAACUCAGACAUAACCUGGCAACUUGUUGAU